CCAGUCGACAUGCGCCCCGCGUUACAGCUUCUCCCGCUCUUGGCCUUCUUGCUCCUCCAGCUCCAUCACCACGCGCAUGCCGAUGACUGCGAGUCCGCAGCAUGCGGGAACCUCACCAUCAGAUACCCAUUCUGGCUCGGCAGCAGCAACCAGCCCUGGUCAAACUGCGGCCACCCAGCCUUCAAGAUCCAGUGCAGCGACGACGGGACCGUGGCUUCCUUGAAGGGCACCGACACCGACAUACACAUCCUCAGCAUCAACUACACCGAUCGCUCCUUUGUCGCCUCCCAAACCAGGGUCGCCGCCGGCAACAAUGGCGUGUGCCGCGCCGACGUCAACGGAUCCACCAUCAUCGGGCUCAGCGUCUUCACGAUUAGCAUCAGCCGGAACCGGGCCCUGUGCUUCCUCUACAACUGCAACGGCACGGAGCCGUCGGGGCCCGGUUACGUCAACGCCACCUCCACCUGCAGUGCUCCUGUCUACGCGUACCUCGCCGGGAGCAUGGACAUGUCGGCGAUCGAGAUGGGAGGGUGCACGCUCUCGUACGUCCCGGUGCGCGAGCAGGAGCCGGAAACCAUGUCGGCGGCCAACUACACCCGGCUCCUCAAGGACGGGUAUGUCGUCGACUGGCCGGCGCCUGCGGAAGGCGACUGUUCUGCCUGUACCGCAAGCGGCGGGAAGUGCCGGAACGUUAACGCUGUGUUCGCCUGCGUCUGCCCCAACGGCAAUCAGCAAGGGUCGACAUGCGCCACCGAAGGAAGCAAGAGGAAGAACAGAGGGGCGACGAUAAUAUUAAUAGUUUCGAUGGCAGCAGCUGCAAGCUUACUCUUUACAUGUAUUUGUGUGCUAAUACGCAAGAGGAAGGUGAAAAAACUAUGGUUUCUACUUGGCGAAAAGACUAGGAGCACCAAUGAAAGGAACGUGGAGGCUCUAAUAUUAUCAUACGGAUCCCUAGCUCCAAAAAGGUACAGGUACUCAAAGGUACUGAAUAUAACUUCCUCUCUAAAUAAUAAGCUUGGAGAAGGUGGUUAUGGAACAGUUUUCAAAGGAAGACUACAUGAUGGUCAUCUAGUUGCUGUGAAAUUUUUGCAUGAGUGCAAAGGAAAUGGGGAGGAGUUCGUGAAUGAGGUUAUGAGCAUUGGAAGGACAUCUCAUAUUAAUAUCGUUAGCUUAUUUGGGUUUUGUUUGGAGAGCUCAAAACGAGCUCUUAUAUACGAGUACAUGCCUAAUGGUUCUCUGGAUCAGUACAUUUACUCCGAGAACCCCAAAGAAACUUUAGGGUGGCAAAAGCUCUACACCAUAGCAAUUGGAAUUGCUCGUGGCCUAGAAUACUUGCAUCAUUGUUGUAAUACACGAAUAGUCCACUUUGAUAUCAAACCCCAAAAUAUACUUCUCGAUCAGGACUUUUGCCCAAAGAUUGCUGACUUUGGUUUAGCUAAAUUGUGUCUUGCUAAGGAAAGUAAGCUUUCAAUGACUGGUGCUAGAGGAACGAUUGGAUUCAUUGCUCCUGAAGUUCACUCUCGAACCUUUGGAGUUGUGUCAACAAAAUCAGAUGUUUAUAGUUAUGGAAUGAUGUUGCUAGAGAUGGUUGGAGGCAGAAAAAAUGUUAACUUAGAGGUUCAAAAGUCAAGUGAAAAGUAUUUUCCAGAUUGGAUCCAUGAACACUUUGCCCAGGAUGACGGAUUACAAGUUUGUGAAGUCACAAGUGAAGUAGAGGAAAUUGCCAGAAAGAUGAUUUUAAUUGGUUUGUGGUGCAUACAAGUCUUACCAACGCAUCGGCCUACAAUGACCAAGGUUUUAGAAAUGUUUGAAAGAGGCGUAGAUACACUGGACAUGCCACCGAAGCAAAAAUUUAGUCAAAUACUUGAGGAUUCAGUUUACAACUUUGAUACAGCAAGCACCACUCCCAGCAGUUCUGCCAAAACGCAAGGUUCUAGUGAAGUGCUAAAGAUCGAGGAUAUAAACCUUGUGACUUGAGGAACAUCAUGACUGUUAUCAGCGCUGUGAAACGACAAACUACUCUAGAAACAAUGCACCUAUGAACAGGCGAGCAGCAAUACUGGAGUCAAUGCAGGCAUGGAGGACAAACAUGAAGCUGAUCAUGUGACACCGUAUAAAAUGAAGUUGAUCAGAGCACUAUUUUCAAUUCCCUUGUAAUUUCUGAAGUCUAGUUUGUUCUCCUUAGUUAGUUCUCCAAAGGGCAACUCCAGGAGAUUAGUAAUACUACUAGCUAAAAUUUGUCUGUAAAAAAAUAUAAAGAGCUGCAAAAGGGGGAGGACCCAACAGACUAGGUAUAAUCUGGACUCUCUAUAUUCAAAA